GUCACCCGCUCCCUUCCUGUUAUUCCGUGUGCGGGGCUGGCUGCGGCGGCGCCCCCGGGCCUGGGGACGCGGCGGGGAAGGGCCGGGCCGGGCCGGGCUCGGCGCCCCCCCCUCCCCGGGCCGGGCAGCGAGGCGAGAAUGCAAAGAACAAAGAUCAUCCAGGUGAUGAUACAAGUUUGAAGCUCUGGCAAUGACAGUUGUGAAUAACCAGGGCAGAAAGAGUCACUCUGUAUCUCAGGGGUCCUUAAGAAGAUGGUUCCCCCUUCUUUAGCUGGAGGAAAACAGAUUAGUUCCUGUGGUUCCUUUUUCAUAUGUCUUCUGGGACAACACGUGUGUGAUUCAGAUGGCAUCUCUUGAGAGAGGGAGAGCUGCUGGUUGAACUUCCUAACUCACUGUUUUGGUGACAGAAGAUUAAUGGGGCUUCCGAGUUGCACCCCCAUCCUCACUGCACUUCCUGCAUGUUUCUCCUUCGGAAUAGUGAAUAACUACCUCCUUACCUUAAACCAAGUAAUAAAGUAGGCUGUGAAUAGUUGGGUCCAGUUUGGAUGUCACAUUCAUCCACCUUCUCUUCAUGUCCCCCUUUCUCACAAUAAAUUUGGAGCCAGUUGGUGAAAUUGCACAGAUAGACAUAUUUUUGAACUGCUUCAUCUCUUCAAGAUCCAACAGGAAUAUGCUGCAUCAAAAUUGACUUGUACAAAAGAGAUUUCUAAAGGUCUCGUCUGUAGGAAUCCGUUUUUAAAUCAGUUCCCAUUGUAAGGUAAUCAAAAGAUUAAGAAAAUGCCUCCAAGACCAUCGUCUGGUGAACUAUGGGGCAUCCACUUGAUGCCACCGAGAAUCCUCGUAGAGUGUCUUCUACCUAAUGGAAUGAUAGUGACUCUAGAAUGCCUCCGUGAGGCCACACUACUCACUAUUAAGCACGAGCUCUUUAAAGAAGCAAGAAAAUACCCUCUUUACCAGCUCCUCCAAGAUGAAUCUUCUUACAUUUUUGUAAGUGUUACACAAGAAGCAGAAAGGGAAGAAUUUUUUGAUGAGACACGGCGACUUUGUGACCUGCGGCUUUUUCAGCCUUUUCUAAAAGUCAUUGAACCAGUAGGCAACAGAGAAGAAAAGAUUCUGAAUCGAGAAAUUGGAUUUGCCAUUGGCAUGCCUGUCUGUGAAUUUGAUAUGGUUAAGGAUCCAGAGGUGCAAGACUUCAGAAGAAACAUUCUUAAUGUCUGUAAAGAAGCAGUGGAUCUUCGAGAUGCCAAUGCGCCUCACAGUAGGGCUUUGUAUGUCUAUCCUCCAAAUGUAGAAUCAUCACCUGAACUGCCCAAACACAUAUACAAUAAGCUAGACAAAGGGCAAAUUAUAGUGGUGAUAUGGGUUAUAGUCUCUCCCAACAAUGAUAAGCAGAAAUACACCUUAAAAAUCAACCAUGACUGUGUUCCUGAGCAAGUUAUUGCUGAAGCAAUCAGGAAAAAAACACGAAGUAUGUUGCUGUCAUCUGAACAACUAAAACUCUGCGUCUUAGAGUACCAGGGCAAGUAUAUUUUAAAAGUGUGCGGCUGCGAUGAAUACUUGCUAGAAAAAUAUCCUCUCAGCCAGUAUAAGUACAUAAGAAGCUGUAUAAUGCUUGGCCGCAUGCCCAAUCUGAUGCUGAUGGCCAAAGAAAGCCUUUAUACCCAGCUGCCAUUGGAUACCUUUACAAUGCCAUCUUAUUCCAGGCGCAUUUCUACAGCUACACCGUAUAUGAAUGGAGAAGCUUCAGCCAAAUCCCUUUGGUCUUUAAACAGCGCUCUGAGAAUAAGAAUUCUCUGUGCAACAUAUGUAAAUGUAAAUAUACGAGACAUUGACAAGAUAUAUGUCCGAACAGGUAUCUAUCAUGGAGGUGAACCGCUAUGUGACAAUGUGAAUACUCAAAGGGUACCUUGUUCCAAUCCUAGAUGGAAUGAAUGGCUGUCAUAUGACAUGUUCAUUCUUGAACUCCCACGUGCUGCUCGGCUUUGCCUCUCCAUCUGCUCUGUUAAAGGCAGAAAGGGUGCUAAAGAGGAACAUUGCCCACUGGCCUGGGGAAAUAUAAACAUGUUUGAUUAUACGCACACGCUUGUAUCUGGGAAAAUGGCUUUGAAUCUGUGGCCAGUACCUCAUGGGCUAGAAGAUCUGCUGAAUCCUAUUGGCGUUACUGGGUCAAAUCCAAACAAGGAAACUCCAUGUCUAGAGCUGGAAUUUGAUUGGUUUAGCAGUCCUGUAAAGUUUCCAGACAUGACAGUGAUUGAAGAACAUGCCAACUGGGCUAUCGCUCGAGAACUAGGGUGUAAUUACAGCCAUGCAGGGCUGAGUAACAGGCUAGCUAGAGAUAUUGAAGUAAGAGAAAGUGACAAAGAACAACUCCGUGCAAUUUGUACAAGAGAUCCACUAUCUGAAAUCACUGAGCAAGAGAAGGACUUUCUUUGGAGCCACAGACAUAAUUGUGUAAAUACCCCAGAAAUUCUACCCAAACUGCUUUUGUCUGUUAAAUGGAACUCUAGAGAUGAAGUAACCCAGAUGUAUUGUUUGAUAAAAGACUGGCCUCCAAUCAAGCCAGAACAAGCAAUGGAACUUUUGGACUGUAAUUAUCCUGAUCCAAUGGUGCGGUCAUUUGCAGUUCAGUGUUUGGAGAAGUAUUUGACAGAUGACAAACUGUCUCAGUACUUAAUCCAGCUAGUACAGGUGCUGAAAUAUGAACAAUAUUUGGAUAAUCUGCUGGUGAGAUUUUUACUCAAGAAGGCACUGACCAAUCAAAGAAUAGGACACUUUUUCUUUUGGCAUUUAAAGUCUGAAAUGCACAAUAAAACUGUAAGUCAAAGAUUUGGUUUGCUUUUGGAGUCCUACUGUCGAGCAUGUGGGAUGUACCUAAAACACCUGAGCAGGCAGGUGGAAGCAAUGGAGAAGCUAAUCAACCUUACUGAUAUUCUCAAGCAGGAAAAGAAGGAUGAAACGCAAAAGGUGCAAAUGAAAUUUCUCGUUGAACAAAUGAGGCGGCCAGAUUUCAUGGAUGCUUUGCAAGGUUUUAUCUCUCCUCUUAACCCCGCCCAUCAGCUAGGAAACCUCAGGCUUGACGAGUGCAGGAUUAUGUCCUCUGCAAAAAGGCCUCUAUGGCUGAACUGGGAAAACCCAGAUAUUAUGUCUGAACUCUUGUUUCAGAACAACGAGAUCAUCUUUAAAAAUGGGGAUGAUUUACGUCAGGAUAUGCUAACGCUUCAGAUUAUUCGAAUUAUGGAAAAUAUCUGGCAAAAUCAGGGUCUUGAUCUUCGGAUGUUGCCUUAUGGUUGUUUGUCUAUUGGUGACUGUGUUGGCCUUAUUGAAGUGGUCAGAAGCUCUCAUACAAUCAUGCAGAUACAGUGCAAAGGAGGCCUAAAGGGCGCGCUGCAAUUCAACAGCCACACAUUACAUCAGUGGCUCAAAGACAAGAACAAAGGAGAAAUGUAUGAUGCAGCUAUUGACUUGUUUACACGCUCCUGUGCUGGCUAUUGUGUUGCUACAUUCAUACUGGGAAUUGGUGACCGUCACAAUAGUAACAUCAUGGUGAAGGAUGAUGGACAGCUGUUUCACAUUGAUUUUGGGCACUUUCUGGAUCACAAAAAGAAAAAAUUUGGUUACAAGCGAGAGCGUGUACCGUUCGUUCUAACGCAAGAUUUCUUAAUAGUGAUUAGUAAAGGAGCUCAAGAAUGUACCAAAACAAGAGAAUUUGAAAGGUUUCAAGAGAUGUGUUAUAAGGCUUACUUAGCAAUUCGGCAGCAUGCCAAUCUCUUCAUAAAUCUGUUCUCCAUGAUGCUUGGCUCAGGCAUGCCAGAAUUACAGUCUUUUGAUGAUAUUGCAUACAUUCGAAAGACACUUGCAUUGGACAAAACUGAGCAGGAAGCUCUGGAGUAUUUCAUGAAACAAAUGAAUGAUGCUCACCAUGGUGGCUGGACAACAAAAAUGGACUGGAUCUUCCACACAAUAAAGCAACAUGCCUUGAACUGAAAUGAAAGCAAAGACGACACAAACUGAUAGCCCAUUUUGUGGGCACUACACUGCACUGCUAAUGCCUGUCAGCAGCAAAGACUGGUUGCAUAGGAAUUGCACAAACCACGAAUGACAUUAGAGUUGACAGGAAGAACAGAGAUGAAAUGUUCAGACAGUUUUCAAGACUAUUGUAAAACAGGGUUUCAGAUAGCACUAAAAUGAUACACUUCAAAAUUAAGCUUUAGUAUGAUGUGUAACUUCAUGUUAUGCCUUAAGCCCAGAAAAGUUUUGGAAGUCUUUCCUGUUUUUGUUUUUUGAUUAAGGAUCAUUUGGAAGGAGGAAGAAAAGAGUUGCUAUCAUCAAAUGCAGUCCAUGACAUACUACAGGAGGAAGUCUGGUACAGGAGAUGGAGACUAUGCUGGGUUUCAAAUGAGCUGAAAGAGAACUUCCCAUUUACCACGGCUAUUUAGAUGCUGCAUAUCUUGAAGGGAAGGAUUUUUAGGGGCAGAGAUAUUAAAAAUAAUAGUGAGGGAGCAGUGCCUUUAACUGUAUUCAGAGAUGUGUUUGAAGUUUAACUGAACCUUUUCACUUCUAGGUCUGUCAUCUGCACAGUUUUUGAAAGCAGUUGGAAAUAGGCCCAAUAUGUAUGGUGUUUUCUCCUGGACAGUAUUUGUAGUGAUGAAAUUCUUAGCUUCAGAAAGAACUCUGUUCCCCAGCAUCCCAGAAGACUGCCUAACUUCAGAAAUUGAAUGGUCAAAAUUGGGUUUAGUGCAACAAAACAUUGUAGUGUUCACUUUGGGUUUGAUUUAAUCUGACUUGAACUGAAUAGACUUUUUUCAUGCAUGUUUUCCAGAGCCUAAAAAAAGGUGAGUUAUUAAAAAUUAUUGAAAGAUUAUUUUUUUAUGAAGGCUAUUUAUAUAAUAGGAACUAUUAUUAAUAUAUAUUCUUUAUUUACAUGGUUUGUCCCAUAGUCACUCAUUUAAUUUCGCAGCCCAGUUCUAUCUGUCCAAGAUUCCCAUUAUUUGUAAUGUCACUGGUGGUGACCAGCUCUACUCCUAGGACCAAAUUCAACCCUGGUGAAAGAGGAUACAAUACCAUUGAAAUCAGUGGGAGAUGCAGCCACCAGUGCCAGAAAUGAACUUGUCCUAAGUCUCUUCAGCAAAUCUCAGGCAAUACUCUUAACGUUACUUAAGUGAUAUGCUGGCAGUUCAAGGAAUGUAUGGUUAUACCCUCAACUUUUGGGUCCACCUUGUUCUCUUGCUCUUUGUUCUCUUUCCUGCUGCUUUUGAAAGUGGCUGUUUAAUCCCAGUAACCAGUACUUCAGAAACAAAUGAGUUUUCAAUACAAUCACUAAGCAAUUCAACAUACAGCAAAUACAUUGGAUAGCUCAUAGCAUGUGGAGUUACCAAACAAACAUUUUAUAGCUGUGUGUCUGUACAUAAUCUCUGUCUACAUAUUUGUAAAUCUAAUUGUCCUUCUCUCUCUAAAACAAUAUACACAUUAAAUUGGCACCAGUUUUUGAGACUGUCUAGACUACCAGAGGUUUUUAGAUGUCCUGUGUGCGACCACAGGUCAAACUUGCUAUUCUGAAACUAUUUUUUAUAAAUUCUUAAGCAUUUUCUGGGGGGAAAAAUUGCAAAACCCAGGGUGUGAAAGUUGACACUUACUCUAGCAUUUUAGAUUUGCUAGAUUUGCAGCAUUUGGAAUGAAAUCCAAAAGUCUGGGAUUUUGGGGGUUGGGCUGGGUCACACAAAUUUAAGUGCCACUCAAAAGUGCAAUACCAGAUGUAAUAUGUAAUAUGCUGACAGUUGGUAUCUCUAACUGAACUGUGCUUUGUGGGGUUGUAUUAAUGAGAUAUCGAGUGGUUGGAUUUUUUUUUUUUAAAGCAAAUUGUAAUAUAUUUAAAAAGUGCAAUCAAUUAUACCCUUAGAAGACUUAGAGAAAAGUGAAUUUGGGAUUGUAAAGCCAGGACUUUGUUUUGUCUUUUAAGACGCCUUUCAUAGUCAGGAUUUCUUUGGUUAAUCAUUGAACACACUGUUACUUGACUGACCUGCAUGGGAAAAUGACUGUCUUCAUGAAAACUAUGAAGAACUGCUAAUAUUAGAAUGGAGAAUACAGUGUCUUGGCUCUAAUGAUCACUUUAGAGCUGUCCAACAGAGUUCAAAUCCUUCUUCAUUCACUGACUGUUACAUAUGCCUCUUUUCAGAUGUGAAUGUUUUCACUCCUAAUAACAUUUAUGAUUGCAUAUUUACCAGAACACAAUUACCCUUAUAUAUAGUCAACCCAAUCCGUUUCAACACUUUUAAACUUGGGAAUUAUUUACACUAAGAAAUUCAGUGAAAUGAUACAAAUCUGAAACCCUGUUACCUGUAAACCGUAAUUUAACAGAGAAAUGUGUGUUAGUAAAUGCCACGUCCUACAUUAUUCUUGACUAUCUUGUAUUGAGAGAGAGAUUUUACCAUGUUUACACAGGAUCUGGCCAGCCUUUUAGGAUCUGAAUGAAAAGGUCCACUCCUCAAGCUUAUUGGAUUUUAUGGGACUGAUUCUCCAGAUCUUGACCCAUUGGUCACUAUAUAAAUUUAUAAAAUAUGAGUGAAAAAUUGUACCAAAUCAAAUAGCAAUUUUUGCACCCAUUUUGCACAGUCUGCAGGGUUGGGAAGAUUCAGGCCUCUAUUUCUAAGAGUUACUGCAACAAAACACUGCACAAGCUGUAAAAUCUCUUAUGGGCAUGUGACAGUAUAGGAAAGCAAACUCAUUAGCUAAAUUGUCACAAUAGAAUUUGGAGGACUUUUAGAAUGAAACAAAAUAGAAGCAUGGGAAGGUCACGGGCUGGGUUUAUAGUGCAUGAAACAAAUUGUUACCAUAAUUUGGAAGUCCAUUGAAUGGGGAGGGGGGGCAAAUUCAUCGAAUGCAAAAAAGUCAAUUUUUUAAAAAUGUGCGUUAACUCUAAAUAUAUUUCUUGUUACACCAGUCCUUAAACUGAUGUAACUCCAUUGACUUUAUGGGGAUCAUUCCUGAUUUACACUGAGAGAAUCAGGCCCACUUUCUCAGAGAAAAGGUUUCUGCUUAAAGACUGAAUACAUUUGUAAUGGAGUUCUAUACAGGGUCGAGUUUGGAAUUGAUUUUUCUCUCUUUCUUUCCUGUUGACAUUUUAGAUUUGCCAAAGUUCCCUUUGUCCUGAAUAUCAGCUGUGCAAAACACACUUUAGUAGUUGAUUUCAACCUCGGAGUGAAUCUGAGCACCUUGCUCCUGCAAAACUCCUGUAGGAGUCUUACCUGAGCAAAGAGCCUAGGAGUGGGCCUUACAUUUUAUUACCAAACCGUUAGAAAAUGGUGACUUUAGUGAAUAUGUGUUGUGAUAUGGUGUAACUAAUUUUUUUCAACUGUGAAACUCUACAUUGUUUUAACAACAAAACGGGCUGCUGCUGAUUUAGUUUUUCUUGAGAUGUAUUCUUUGCUUUCCUAAAGGUAGCAAAAGAAACUCCUGUACUGACUUACGUAUGCACGCUUUCUGUUCUCAAAGGAGCGCAUCAGUAGUUUCUUCAUAGGUAAGAUACAAUCCUUCAGGAUAAUUUUAAUUUAAACAACAAAAAAAAGCAUUUAAACAAAACCAAAAUGGUUAGUGGUUUGGCAUCUUGUGGAGAAGAUAUAAGAAGCCUGCAUAUUAAGGGCACUGUAGAAAUUACGCAGCAUGUAGAGAACUUUGUAUGUGAUGACCCUGCUUGUUGGCUUUUUCUUCUCAUUUUUAUGUAAAACCAUUUAAGCCCUAUAGUGGUCAGUAGCCCAUGUUGGUUAGCAAUUUGAAGACAUUUUCCUUGCUUUGUCAUUUUAUAACAGGCAUGGUCAAAGUUUGUGCUGAAUAACAAUUGUGAAUUCCUCCUGUUUUUCAUGUCUGUACAGGUUGCAGAUCUGGGCUGGACCCAUUCAAAAAAAAAGCCACUUGGAAUGAUUAUGUAUUUUGAUGUCUUUGACAUCUUUAAAAUGCUUCAAUUUAAAGAAAACAGUGUGGUAUUAGAGAGAAUUAUGAUGUGCUGCUUCUGAGAUUUUUUUUUUUAAACUUCUGUAUUUCAGUUUUUUAAGGUUUUACUUGAAUAGAUGAAGAACCACAAUUUUUAUACAAAUAGUAUACAGUUGUGGACACUGUGUUGCAGAUCAUUGAAGCCGAUUAGUGUUGCAAUACAUGUUUCAUACUGAUGGUGAAUUGUAUUUUUUUCUUUAGUCAAAGUUGUCUAAGUUUUUUAGGUAAGGCUCUAUCUGUCCAAAAUACUUUGUGGCCUACCACAGUGCAGAUGGUCACAUAUUUUUAUGUCCAUAUUGACUGGGCAAGAUAAUAACAAAAAUUGGGCCUGGCUGUAGAAGGGUUUUGUCUGAGUACAGGAGCCAGGCCUUGUAGGGACUUCAAGCUUUCAGAAAUUCUUAUCUGACUUUACUGUGAUUUAAUUGUAGCUUCCCUAGAGUUAUUUUGGGUUAAUCCCAACAUAGAAGAUCAAAAUUGGGCCCUUGGUAUGAAAGUUUUUGUCUAUCUGACUUGUGAAAAAAACAAAAAUACGUUUUCUUACUGAUUGCAAACUAGAUUAAACUGGGUGGUCCUUAGUCUUAUUUAUUCUCCUUUAACUGUCUGCUUUAGUUUUCAAAUUCAGGAGUGCUAUGGCCUUGCCUAUAAUCUGUUCUGCCCUGGUUUUUGAGACUUCAGGGAUCUCUCUGGCUUAAAAUACUUCCUCUUAAGGAAGUUCUACUUUCCCUUACUCCUUAAUGACAGUAAGUGCUUUAUGACAUCGGAUAUCAGAAAAAGAUGGCUUGACCUGGAAUUUGCAGUGGAGCAAUUGUCUCUAUUAUGAAGCACAAAAUUACAAUGGUGUUAAAAUUGCAUCGUUCUGCAUUUGUGGCCCAAAUUUUUUAAGGGAAAGUGCCCAUAGCUGGAGGGUAGGGCUAGGAUUCAGAGAGACCUAGACCAAUUGGAGGAUUGAGCCAAAAGAAAUCUCAUGAGUUUCAACAAGGACAAGUGCAGAGUCCUGCCCUUAGACAGAGCAAUCCCAUGCACCAGUACAGAGGGGGUAACCGGCUGGGCAGCAACUCUGCAGAAAAGGCCUUGGGGGGUGACAGUGGACAAUCAGAUGGAUAUGCCAGUAAUGUGCCCUUGCUGCGAAGAAAGCUAACAGCAUCCUGGGCUUCAUGAGUAGGAGUGUUGCCAGCAGAUUGAGGGAAGUGAUUUUUCCUCUCUCUUCAGCACUCAUGAGGCCACAUCUGGAGUAUUGUCCAGUUUUGGGCCCCCCACUACAGAAGGGAUGUGGACAAAUUGGAGAGAGUCCAGCGGAGGGCAACGAAAAUGGUUCAGGGGCUGGGGGACAUGACUUACGAAGAGAGGCUGAGGGACCUGAGCUUAUUUGGUUUGAAGAAGAGAAGGCUGAGAGGGGAUUUCAUAACAGCCUUCAACUACCUGAAGGGUGGCUCCAAGGAGGAUGGCGCUAGACCAGGGGCAGGCCAGCCUGUGGGUCAGAUCGGGCCUCUGGCGGAUUCCAUUUCCCAGCAGCCUCUGGUGUCGCUGUGGCUGGUUUCUGUGGAAACUCCACCAGCAGCAGCACCAGUACCAUGACAGUGCGGGAACAGUGUUUCCAUGGAGACCAGCCCCAGCAGUGCUGGCAGGGCGCGUGGCUGGGCGGGGAGCUGAUCCAUGGCUGGGAUCUUGCGGCAGUGACAGCAUGGUGCAGAGCCGCAAUCCACUACCUACACGUCCUGGGCAGGGCAGUGCAAGCAAUGGAUCAUGUCUCUGCCCCGGCUCUGGACCACGCUGCCAUCACUGCAAGAUCCCAGCCCCAGAGCAGCUCCCUGCCCAGCCACAUGCCUUGUCAGCACUGCUGGGGCUAGUGUCUUUGGAAACCCUGGCCCCCUGCACUGUCACGGUGCCACCGCUGCUGGGGUCUGUAUGGAAACCGCCUGCAGCGAUGUGGGCAGGGGCUGCUGGGAAAUAGUCUACCAGCCAGCCAUCUCCACCAUUUUGCCCACCCUUGAGCUAGACUGUUGUCAGUGGGGGCAGAUGACGGAACAAGGAGCAAUGGUCUGAAGCUGCAGCAAGGGAAGUUUAGGUUGGAUAUUAGAAAAAUCUUUCUCACUAGGAGGGUAGGGAAGCACUGGGACAGGUUAUCCAGAGAGGUGGUAGACUCUCCAUCCUUGGAAGGUUUUACAGGUAGGCUAGACAAAGCUUUGUCUGGGAUGAUCUAGUGGGGAAUGGCCCUGUUUGAGCAGGGGGUUGGACUAGAUGUGACCUCCUGAGGUCCCUUCCAACCCUCACACUCUAUGAAUCUAAAUCAUUGUUCUAAGAGGUGAGCAAAAUCAGAGGAAUUUCUGGGAAAGCAUUACUAGGGACAGUUCAUACAUGUCUAGAAUAUGUAACAGCUAUUUGUGCCAAUGAUUAUAAAACCUGAUGCUGAAACGAACUUUAAAACACUUUGUAUAUGUUAAGUGUCCUUAUUUUCACUAUAAUGUGGCAUUCAUCAGGCAGAAGAAAGGAAAACACCCUAUAUUGAUGGCUUAUGGAUGCAUCCCAUUAAACAAUAUGGUCCAGAUCCUUUGUGAUACAUAGUUCAGUAGAGCUAUAUAGACUUAGACUACCUAAGAAUCUCAUCCGCUCCUGAAGUUCGCUGGUUUAUGGUCUCCCCAGCUGGCCAGUUUUCUUACAUAGCUCAGGCUGUGGAGAACUAACAGCUUAUCUUUCAGCAUUUCUAUGUGGCUGCCUCGGUCAAGAGGAGCAAAACCUGGCUCUUCACAGUUGCGUAUUCUCACUUUGUUUUCUUAAUUAAACUUUUUAAUACAUUUAAUCCAUCUCCAGUGUUUUCGUAGGAGUCCUGAGUUCCCUGAGAUAAUCAACUGUCCCUGACUGGCCAAAAUUGUCUUAACGUUUCAUUUGUAACAGGAGAGGUUUGAUUCUCUCUUUCUGCCUUAAGGCGAUCGUGUCACACAUUUGUCUUAUUUCUUGCCACAUUUCAAUUUAUAUUAAUCUGUGAAUAGCAUCUUCUCCACUAGUGAUAACUGAAUAUUGGCGCAUGACUUUUAACUGCAUUUGAGAUGUAUAAUCUGUAUGUGACCAUCAGCAGAGGAAAGGAGUCCAAGUUUCUGUCUUUGGAAGAGAUGGAGUACCUGGUCACAAUCAGAUUUCCCAGGUUCUUAUACUUGGAUUUCUGAAGACCUGUUUUCAUGUUGUCCUCAUAACUGGUACCCACAAUUGCAAAAAUUUUGGAUGAAUAGAGCCCAGGGGGCAUAUUCUCCUCUUGGUGCCUGCAUGUUAUUCCCUUUAAAGUUAAUAGAAGGUGUAUGCCUGCAUGAGGAGAAUUUUAAUGCCCAUAAAUAUUGACUUGAAAAACCUUUAAAAUGAAGACAAGAUUUUUUUUUUCUUUUGAAAUGACUCAACUAGAGAGAAAAAUAUUGCCCUGUAAUUUAGUUUUUAGGUCAUUCUAUGGAUAAAGGUCCUGUGGUAUAUAAUACAUUAAUCUAAACGUAGACAAGACAUUUUUUUUUGUAAGAAUGGGCCAAAAAAGUAUUAAGACACAGCAAGAUGCAUGUGUUGUCAUACUGAGUAUAGUCUUGCAGUAUCAUUUGAAUCAAUUGUACACCUUUUUUCCCUUUUGCUGUGCUACUCAAUAGCAAGAAAAGUUUGGCCUGUGACUGCACUUACUGUAGUUCAUGUUCAUCAGCAAUUGUAAAAAGUCUACUUUUUAUUUAACUUUGUGGUCUGUAUCACAUCAUGCUGUUUAUUAAAAUACUUUUAUUUGUCUUUCAUCAUA